UGUAACAGCUGUAGUCACUAUACUUUUAAAACGUAAACAAGAUGACAGCGUGUGUUUGAGGUUUCCGAAACACAUGACGUUGAAUGUUUUAAUUAUAAUAACAGUUUCGACCUUGAUGUAGUGUGUGCUGCGAUCUGGCCAGAUUUCAGUGAACGACUCACAAUGUGGUAGAUUCCAAUAUGCCGUGGCCUUUGCAGUUGUUCUUUAAAAUGGCAGCCAUAUCGACCCAUGACUGUGAAAAGGGAAGCAAGAGGCCCCACUGCACCAUGUAGGGGACGAAUCAACAGAUCAGAACAAUAACAUCACCAUGACAAGCGAAGAUCUGCUUCAGCCUGGCCACGUGGUCAAAGAACGCUGGAAAGUGGUUCGUAAGAUAGGAGGUGGAGGGUUUGGAGAGAUCUAUGAAGGGCUAGACCUCGUGACCAAAGAGCAAGUAGCUCUGAAGGUAGAAUCAGCUCGACAGCCCAAGCAGGUACUGAAGAUGGAGGUUGCCGUACUGAAGAAGUUGCAAGGAAAGGAACAUGUAUGUCGCUUCAUCGGCUGUGGCCGCAAUGACCGAUUCAACUAUGUAGUGAUGCAGCUGCAGGGGAAGAAUCUGGCUGAACUCCGCAGGGCCCAACCCCGUGGCGCUUUCUCUCUUUCCACCACACUCCGUCUUGGCUUGCAGAUUCUCCGUGCAAUAGACUCCAUCCACCAAGUUGGCUUCCUACACAGGGACAUUAAGCCUUCAAACUUUUCUGUUGGUCGGCUUCCACACAAUGCUCGCAAAGUAUACAUGUUGGACUUUGGACUGGCUCGUCAGUAUACGACAGCUACGGGAGAAGUGCGUGCCCCUCGUGCUGCAGCGGGCUUCAGAGGCACUGUGCGCUAUGCCUCCAUUAAUGCUCACAAAAACAAAGAAAUGGGUCGUCAUGACGACUUGUGGUCUCUGUUCUACAUGCUGGUAGAGUUUGUGAAUGGACAGUUGCCAUGGAGGAAGAUCAAAGACAAGGAACAGGUUGGCCUAAUGAAAGAGAAGUAUGAUCAUCGGUUACUGUUGAAACACUUGCCUUCGGACCUACGACAGUUCCUGGACCACAUACAGUCACUAGAAUAUGCAGACAAACCUGACUAUGCUAUGUUGAUCGGCCUGUUUGAGCGCUGCAUGAAGCGUCGAGGAGUUAAAGAAUCGGACCCCUACGACUGGGAAAAGGUGCCGAACGUAACUUCUGUAACAGACAAUGCGGUACCUCCUGCAGCCACCACGUCACCUGCCAUACUCAGUCGACCAGUAACUGGCAUCCUGGGAGCUACUCGCAUAACUGACAACCUUGUGGAGGACAACCUCAUUACAAGCCUUGACAACAACCAGGAGAACAUUGAGCCGGACAACAAACGGGAACUUGAGGCGCAGCUUGACUAUGAAAGUGUGUGUCGAAGACGAUGUCACAACCUCCAUCAGGAAACGACAUCCCCCCUGGUGACUGAGACAAAUCGAGACCGAGGAGACAAGCUAGUUAUAGACAAGAAUUGCAAUGCUACCCUGGCUGCUACACAAGCCUCAAACCAGCCACUGGAUACGAACACACAACUUUUGCAAGGCUCACCAAAGAAACAACAGGUUGUACAGCGUCGAGCAGUUUCGAUGGCAGGGGUGGACCCCACACCAGAGACACAUCCGCAUCUCCAUCAUCACCACGCGCCUUCACCUGUCGCUCCUGCGGCUGAUAAAGCGGUGGAUUACGAGGGUGAUGCAGUGAUGGCAUCUGCUCGUAGCAAUUCGGACACGCAGCAGCAUCAGCAUGCUGGCAAGAAGGCAGGAAGCACGCCUACUUCAGGCACCAAUCAAAACCAGCAACAGGCACGCAAAUCAGGGACAACGUUCGGUCGGCUACGUGUUGUUACAGCACCUGCAACUUGUGUCCAGGAUCUGCAGGGUAAACUAAUUGGUGAGCUGGAGCAGAGAGCGGAUGAGAUAGGUGAGGAUGACAAGGACCGGAUCGCUACGCUGCAUGAUCUCAACAACCCUGAGCUACCGAGCCCCCGAGUUCGAGAGGCCACAACAGAGCCUGAUGGAUCCUACUACUCAUAUGAAGCAGCUAAAGCAGGUUUAAUGGGAUCAUCACCAGUCACUGAACAGCGAGACCCGUUGAAGGAACGAGUGAAAGAGCAUCGUAUACGGCGUUUUCACUCGUCAGGAGAUGCAUCCCGAAGACCAAUUAGUUGCAAGCUGAACAAUCGUGAUGCAUCUAUCACACAGUUUGCUGUGAUAGAUGAUGACAAUGUUUCAGCCUUGCAGCAGGUCACACGUGGAGGCGGAGGUUUGACGCUGGCAUCACAAUGGAAGUCGCAGUUUGACGACUCGGAGGAGACUGAUAAUGAGUGGAAGGGUGAGAACCUGCAGAGUCCUGAGCACAGACACACCCUCACCUCACAGGCUGCUUUUCCAGUGGAGCCCAUCCAUACUGGUGGUACUGUGACUGUGCCCGAGACUUCUGCUAUCGACAAACCAGCGCCUGUGCAGCAACUGAUAUCUAACCCAGUCCCACCACCUAUCACCUUAGCUUCAGCAGCUGCAACAACAGUAACAGCAUGCAAUGUUCCUGUAAGUCGUGUUCCACCAGAAUUGUCUCGAAUCAGUGAGGACUCGCGCCAUGAGAAACCCAGCCAUCAACAUUCACCUCAGGCCCAUGAUGAAACAUUACCUGUGGAUAACACAAGUAAUGGACAUCUGAAACCCUCUUCUGGUGGACAUCUUCGUUGCCUCAAUAUAACAGGCAUUGAGAGUUUUGUCGAGCUACAGGGAAUAUUACCGCGUGCUUGGAGCUUACCUCAGUUAGUGGGACAUAUUAGGCCGUGGUUAGAAGCGCCAUUGUUGCAGCAGGCUGCAUUUGACGAAUUAGUGUAUGAAGUGGAUGUGAUGAGGAACAUAGCGACACGGCAGACACAGACUGAGAAGGACAAGGCUGAACAUCGGAAAGAACGUGAGAGGCGUCCAAGCUUGCCUACAAUUGCCCUAAAUUCAUGUUCCUCAACGAUGAAAAAUGACAGAAGUUCUGCAGUUAGUAAAGUAGAGAUGGUUCCUGUUGAAAAUACACCAAGCCAACCUCAAAUACAGGUGAAGAUGCAGGAGGAAAAGAAAGAAGAAGAUGAGGAGGUGGAAGAGGAAGAAGAAGAAGAUGAAGGAAAUGUUAUGGAGCCAGUAGCAGGCCGGUUAGAGAUUAGAGUCCUUGAUCGUGCAGAAGGUUCAGCUGUGGUCGAGACUGUAAACAACUUGCCACCAACAAGUCAAGUUCCUGUCAAGAGGCCUGAACUAAAUGGAGCAGAAGAACAUCAUCUGAAGGUUAAUGUUGAAGACUGCAUACCGUCUCGAAAGCCAGUCUUGGUGGAAAACAGGAGUGAAAAAAAAGUGACAGAAAUAGUGUCAGACAGGAGUUCAAAACGUGAGGAGAAGAUUGGGCUAUCAAAAGUGGAAACAUUUAAAGUUGGGGCCAUUACAAAUGGGAAUACUGGCACUAACAAUGACAGGAACAGUCCAAUUAGUCCAAGUGGAGUGGGGCAAGAUGAUCCAUCUGUGUAUUUUGAUGCCAAUGAGGAGAAUGUUGCUUCUGCAGACAAUGCUCAGCAGUUGAACAACAACACAUCAGAUGGAUCUCAACAUGACAAGGAACUGCAUCGUCGUCAUUCUUCUUGUUUGUCCCCGGUUAUGGAAGCUGAAGAGCAAACCAGAAAACAACAACAACAACAACAAACAGUAUCAGCAUUGACAACCACUAGCACCACAACAGCCACCAAGAGCAAGAUUCCAGUUCCUGUUAAGAGUCCACGUGCCAGUUUCAUAGAUACAGAGCUAAUGAGUUGCAGGUCAUAUGAAGAAGAGCAGGCGGGGCUGAACAACAUGCUUCUCCACUCAGAGUCGAGUUCCUGCGUGCCCAUGGCAGUGCUGCCAUUACGACGCUGUUCGACACUGCCAGAUGCUCGGGGGGGAGGCUCAAACAACACGAGCUCGACAGAAGAUGACGCCGUGGCCCAGCAGCAGCUGACGUCGUGCACUCCAGCACUCAGACGGCGUAGGGAGAGGGAAUGCAAGUAUGUCACGGACCAGUCACAGCUAAACCUUCGCUUCCACCGCCCUGCACACAGGCAUCGUCAGCGGCCUGUUUCUGCUUCAGCUUCCACAGAGAUACGCUUACAGCAAUCCAUCCGGCACAGCCACAUGACUGCUUUCUUCUUUGCUUGCCCACAUGAGAGUCCACAUCCACUGCUGUCUGUGAAGACCCCAGUACUAGCGUCCACAGGGUCUGUUCCUCCACGGGGAAUCCUGAGUCAUCUCCUUGCAUGCCCCACUACACGAGGGGCUGAGGAGAGCAGCGAAGCAGACAGCGACUCAUCAGGUGGACCCCCACGGCCCCAUCCACCUCCCUUGUCUGAUAUGAGGCCGAUGGAGAACGACGCUAGGUGCCGUCGUUUCCACCCAGUAGCUGCUGAUGUUCAUGACACAUGAAGACUUGUUACAUUUCCCUCACCAAACUGAAUGUUUGCUGGCUACCAGAGUGCACGAGAGUGUUUAUCUGCCAUGGCAAAGUGUGAUAUCAUUAUGGCUGAACCCUUAAUAUAUUUUAUAAACUUGUGUUUUAUCCAAGAGUAAAAGAAAUAAUUGCGCAAUGGAAUCAAUAUGAGAAUUCAGAUCUCCUAAUAUCUGUUGGUUUAUUUUUAAUAAUUUAUAUUUUAAUUUAUUAAGAAUAUGACUGUAGUUACAUUUAUUGCUCACUUCAUUUAUUUGUGCUAGUCAUGUGAUCAUGCUCCAAGAAGCUCAAGGGCAGCCAUUAUUUAUAAAGAUUGUAAACAUCUCUAGUCAGAACUCAAGUGUUUUGAAUUAUUAGAGAGAGAAUUUUUUAUCCAACCACUCACUGGUUUUAAAAGUUUGAGGAGUGUCUGGAAAGUUCCCCGAGACUUCUUACAUGUUAGAACAAAAGUAAUUGUAAAUCCAGAAAUAUAUUAUUCCUUGUUGGCAUUGUCUUUUUAAGGCAUCAAAUAUAUUUUGGCUUUUACAGUGGUGUUUGCUAUUAAUAAUUCUGCGACUAAAAUAUCACAGUACUUCUCAUAACUCAUUUCACGUUGGAUAUGUUUAAUAUCCACUGUGCUUAUCCUAAAAAGCACUCCAUCAUCAUGUUGCUGCAUUAGCGAAACAGGUUUUGAAACUUGCAGAGGACUGCACCAAAACACAAGACACCUUGAACCUGGAAACUUUGCAAACACACCUCUCUGUAUUGUUUUCCUAAUGGUUGGAAUGCUUAAUUUUCUAGGAUGAUGAAUAUGUUAAUGAUGAUAUAGUGGUGCCCCCAAAACAAUGAUGCCAUCUGCUAGAAUAUAUGGCUGGGUCAUAUAACAACAUAAGGGUAAGUGGCAUCAUUUAUCAUUGCGGGUAACCAGUAUGAGAGAUGAAUUUUAAGGAGGUUAAUGUGAAUGCUUGAGAUUAAAAAUAUACAUUACUUUGAUAGGUGAUACCAGAACUGUAAGUUUAUAGUUACUACUUGUGUUUCAUGCCAUGCAUUGUAAAUAUUCAUGAAAUAUUGUAUAUUUUGUUUGUAUUUUAUUUUUAAGUCUUCAAAUUAAGCUUGUAACAUUAUGGAGAACAUGAAUAAUAAAAAUACUAUGAAAUA